CUCUCUCUCUCUCACAUUGACACACGCACAGGACUGUUACGCACACAAGACGCACGCUGGGGACGAAGCAGAUCUCAGCUGCUCGUAGAGACGCUCACACAUUCUGCUCCGUGCGCUUCACUCUAGUGUGAGACUGCCGCAGACCAGUCCACUUCUGGAAAGGCGACCUCCGUGCGCGUAAAUCACGCUUGGACUAAAAGGCGCACCCCGACGCCAGACUGCACGCUCCGCGGAUCCUCCCGAGUCCCCCACGCCCGGAGUCAGCCCCCCUUUUUUUGUUUGUUUUUGGGACAUUAUUUUGACAUUUCCUUGAAUGUGCUGUCAGAGCAUGUUAUGAGGCAAAUUAUAGACGCUUUUAUUUGUUUCGUGACAUGUAGUUGUCAUGUUGAUUGAACACGCACUGUGGGAUUAUUGAAGUCAUACCCGUUUAAACACGAAGGGAUGUGGAGCACAAUUUAGCGACUACGAGUGGAAAGAUUGAAACAUUGACACCAGCUUUGCGUCUUCCAAGAUGGAUUUGGUGUGCUCGCUGUUUGGAUGGAUAUUGGCACUGUGUCAUGUGGUGCUGCAGGUCAGGGGAGAAGACGCGAGCGAGUGUAAGGGCAUUUUUGACGCCAGCGAGGCCGGAUACAUCACCUCCCCCGGAUACCCUCUGGAAUACCCACCUCACCAGAACUGCCAGUGGGUCAUCACGGCGCCGGAGCCCUCGCAACGCAUCGUCCUCAACUUCAACCCUCACUUUGAGAUCGAGAGGCUGGAUUGCAAGUACGACUUCAUCGAAAUCCGAGACGGGACUUCGGAAAAUGCCGACGUCUUGGGUCGGCACUGCAGCAACAUCGCCCCGGCGCCAAUCAUAUCCUCGGGUCCCUCCCUCCAGAUACGAUUUGUGUCAGACUACGCUCACCAAGGAGCUGGUUUCUCUCUGCGCUAUGAAAUCUUUAAAACAGGGUCAGAAUUCUGCUUCCGCAACUUCACCAGCAGCUCCGGUAUGAUCGAGUCACCGGGCUUCCCCGACAAAUACCCUCACAAUCUGGAGUGCUCCUACAUGAUCAUCGCUCCGGCCGAUAUGGAAAUCAGCCUCACGUUCCUUACCUUUGACCUGGAGAACGACCCGCUGUUGGUGGGAGAGGGCGACUGCAAAUACGACUGGUUGGACGUUUGGGACGGCUUGCCGCAAGUGUCGCCGCUAAUCGGGCGGUACUGUGGCACAAAGAUUCCUCCAGAGAUUCAAUCGUCCUCUGGCCUGCUGUCACUUUCCUUCCACACUGACAUGGCGGUGGCCAAAGAUGGCUUCUCUGCUCGAUACAACAUGACUCGUAAAGAAGUCAGAGACUCAUUUCACUGUAGCUUGCCGCUCGGUAUGGAGUCGGGGAAGAUCAGCGAUGACCAGAUCAGCUCCUCCACAAGCUUCUACGACAACCGCUGGUUGCCGCGUCAAGCUCGACUUAACAACCACGACAACGCUUGGACUCCCUCAGAAGACAGCAACAAAGAGUUCAUCCAGGUUGAUCUUCACUUCCUGAAAGUGUUGACGGGGAUUGCCACCCAGGGAGCCAUUUCGAAAGAGACCAAAAAAUCUUACUACGUCACCACUUUCAAGCUGGAGGUCAGCACCAACGGGGAGGACUGGAUGAUCUAUCGGCACGGCAAGAACCACAAGGUAUUCCACGCCAAUACGGACCCUGCCGAAGUGGUGCUCAAUCGUGUACCGCAACCCGUUCUGGCCCGAUUUGUGCGUAUCAGACCGCAAACGUGGCGUAACGGCAUCGCCCUGCGCUUUGAGCUUUAUGGAUGCCAGAUUACAGAUGCUCCAUGCUCCAGGCUGCAGGGCCUGCUAUCCGGCCUGCUGCCAGACAACCAGAUCUCGGCCUCCUCCAGCAGGGACAUGAUGUGGAACCCCAGCACAGCCCGGUUGGUGGCCAGUCGCUCUGGCUGGUUCCCCUCACCUUCACAGCCCCUUGCUGGGGAGGAGUGGCUUCAGGUGGACCUCGGUGUGCCCAAAACAGUGCGUGGAAUCAUCACCCAGGGAGCAAGGGGAGGAGAUGCAGCAAGUGGAGGAACCACGGACAACCGGGCUUUUGUGCGGAAGUACAAAGUUGCGUAUAGUCUGAAUGGAAAGGAAUGGAAUUUCAUCAUGGACAAAAAGACCAGCCUGCCCAAGCUUUUCGAGGGUAACACACACUACGACGCCCCAGAGCUGCGUCACUUUGAGGAGACGGUGGCCCAGUACGUCAGACUGUACCCCGAGCGGUGGUCUCCAGCAGGAAUUGGGAUGAGAGUAGAAAUACUGGGCUGUGACCUUCCAGAAAUCACCACGCCAGCAGACACAGCGACGCCCACACUUCCUGCUCAGACCACCACUGUCAUUGCAUCCACCACAGCGGCUAGCCCUUCACCAACUGAUGGUGUGUGUGACUUUGAGCACGGUCUGUGCGGGUGGAUGCAUGACCCCAGCGCCCCCCUCCUCUGGUCCCUACACAGCCAUGAGCUCAACAGUCACCUGUAUAUGGAAGCCACCCCAAAGACAGAGCAGCAGCCAGCUCGCCUCCUCAGCCCCGUGGUGCCGGCCGACACGGGACCUGUCUGCCUCCUCUUUUCGUACCAAAUGUGGGGGGAAGCCCAGGGGCACUUGAGGGUCCUGCUACGAGACAGCCACAAUGAAGAGACCCUCCUGUGGACCCUAAAAGAUGACCAGGGCCCAGUCUGGAAGGAAGGCCGUACCAUCCUGCCUCGUUCACCUAAAGACUACCAGGUUGUGAUGGAGGGCUUCUUUGCGCACGGCACGAGAGGACACGUCUGGAUUGACAACAUCCACAUGAGCUCCAACACGCCGCUGGAAGAGUGUACACAACCCAUCAAUGCCUUCUCUCCAGAUAUGACCGUCAAGACGCCUAAUCGGUUUGGAGAUGUGCGGCUUGACGGAGGCAGGGAACCACUGGGGGGAGGUUUCCAUUUUCCAGAAUGGAAUACAGCAUCGCCAUCUUUGGAGGCUCCAGUGACUCCAGCCUCAGAGAAGGACAACUCGUGGCUGUACACGUUGGACCCCAUUUUGGUCACAAUCAUUGUCAUGAGUUCCCUGGGUGUCCUACUAGGGGCAGUGUGCGCGGGCCUCCUCCUCUACUGCACCUGUUCCUACAGUGGCCUGUCCUCACGUUCCUCCACCACACUGGAGAACUACAACUUUGAACUGUACGACGGCCUCAAGCACAAAGUCAAACUGAACCAACAGCGCUGCUGCACCGAGGCGUGACGAGAUACGAGCACAUCGGUUUUUGUGAAUACCUCUCACUAUUGUCUUCACCUUAGUGUCAGCUCAUGGAGACAAAUUCCUGGACACCAUUUUUUUUUUAACACAAGUGAGCUCUCCGUUUCCUAUUUUGGGAAAAAUGGCACAGUCAAUUGUUUUGUGGUGAAAACAACAAUGUGAAAAAGACUGAGGUCAGCACGGUGGAUUGCUCAAGACCUCGGACAUCUCAACAUAUCAACUUUAGAUCCCUGCCCCACCAAAAGAAAACUGUUUUUAAAUGAUCGUCAUAGAUUUGUAAGAGUUCUAGUUUUGAAAGUGCACAUACUGAGUCAAAAUAUCGUGUUGGAAAGGUGGUAGGCUAGUUAGCGAGCGUUUUUUUCGGCUCAAAUGUGAACAUGUUGGCCAAGAGCUUAGCUCCUGUGUCUGGCCCAUUGACUUUUUGUUCCAUUGUGGACUCUGCUCCUUCUACUAGGCACGCCUUUGCCGUGGUAUCUUUAGUCACUGACGUCCGUCAACUUUGUAUUUCUGCACUCACUCUCUUUCUGUUUAAUGUUUCUGUUCUGGCCCAUGGCCAAUUAGCCAUGGCUGAUAAGGAGGGGACCAGGCUCUGAAAGUGGGGUGGGUGAAGGUUAGUGCGGCGGUAAUUUUUUUUCCUUCCAUUGAAUGGGAGAGUUAUAGUUGUUGCAGACUGUUCUCAGAAGAGAAGGUCAUGUUUUCUUUGUACUUAAUGGAGAAAGGUCAAGGAGGUUUGGUGAGUGCAACCUAUGGAUUGCUGCUGAAGGCAGGAAAGAGGAGAAACAGAGAUAGGCUGAGUGACACAACACCGACCAAGCAUUCCGCUCUAAACACGGAAGUCCUCAUCUUAAUGGUAUGACCACAUGCCAAUGGACACACAUCAAGCCUUAAACUUUAAAUGUUGAGCAGACGUACUGAGAAGACACCAAGGUGAGAGCCAAUCCCACUUUGGAAAAGAGAAGCCAUGAUUUGAAGGACCUAUCCCACCAUAUCAGAAACUAUCACUGCACAAAUUUUACUCGACUUUAUUUGAUGUAUUUUCAUAAAGCAAGGUGGGCAUUUGUUUGAAAACACCCUACACAUGAGGAGGCUAAGACGGAAAAAUGGGAGAGAACGUCAUGAUUUUGCUGUGACUCUAUAUUAUAAAUCUCAUAACCAAACACUGAUAUGAUUGCCACGGAUUGUUUGGGAAGUUUAUCCUUCUAUUCAGAGCUGGAAAGUUUCCGCUUUGCUGCUCGGUACAGGAGUUCCAUUAUUUUGACAGCGACAUCACCCAAAUGUUAUGUACAGUAAAUCAGAACACAACUAUGAAGUAAGCGAAUGGGUAAACCAGAAUUAUGCACGUAACUGAGCAUACUGUCUCCUGUUUGUGGCACAACAAAUAUUUCUUCGUAAUACAUCGGUGUUGCCUCCCGUUGUCGGAGCCAACCUGUACAAUACAAAUGAUUAUUGUCGUCUUCAUUUUCAUCGUACCGCACCCCUGAUAAAUCAUCACCGGUGUGAGUACAUAGACGUUAGAAUGAGUUCCAGUACUUUAUUUAUGAAAAAUUGUGUCGUGUAUUACUCUUUUUUUUUCUGCAGUUUUUGGAAUAUAACCCCGACAAAAAAAGGAUUACUGUACUGGGAUCCCCCGAAUUGUACUAUAUUUGAGCCUGGUAUGAAGUCCAUAUUUGACACCGUUUUUUUUUUUUAUCCCGAUCAAAAAUACACGCGCACAAACGAGCCCUCUCCUCUGAGGCCCACAUCUCUGGACCCCACUGACUCUCUUCAAAGUGCCUUGGAGCCUCGGGGAUCCAGCUUGCCUUUGGAUCCGGUUCCAGACAGUCGCAUGACACUGAGAGUGACCAUAAUAGCGCUCCCUUUGACCUAGGAGGACCAAACACAGAGAAUGAGACCUCCUCUUGCACUGCUUGGACUGCUGCUGCUGCUGCUGCUGCUGCUGCUGCUGUAGUUGUUGUUUUAAAGGGGUCUUUGUACAGAAAUGCUCUUUUUAUGAUUGUUUUGAUUAUUGUUCUGAUAAUUUAAUAAAGGAUUUAUACCAUAAUGGAAAAUCAA